UUAAUAACUAUUUAAUUAAUCUUCAAAAGAAUAUUCAAUUUUUUAAUAAUUGUAAGUUGCAUUUUUUUGGGGAGAAAUUGACCGCAAUACCACGAACUAUGACUUGGGUGCGCGAGCACCAUACAUUGACUAACAUUCAUAAUAUCAUAAACUAUUAGCUUUGGUGCGAAGUGUAUCAUUAAUGAUGCCAAAGGUCAAUUUUUGGGCGAGAUUCCACCUACGCCGUCAUUAAUGGUACGCUUUGCACCAAGAUUAUAGUUUGUAAUAUUUUGGCUACUAAUUAAUAUUUGUGGUGCUCCUUGUACCCAAGUCAUAGUUAGUGAUAUUACGACCAAUUUUGUCUUUAGUCAAUGAAUUUCGCUAUACAUGCACGUGAUUAUCUUAUAUUUGCUAAAUAGAUAUUCAUGCAAAAAUAUUUAUCAAAGAAACUUUAAUUUGCGAUCAAUUUUCCUUAUUAUUUAAUAUUAUUAAAUGUGUAACUAUAAUUUCACGAUCUAUUUGCUUUCGCACGCAUCGCUACAUAUGAUACUAAUACUUAAAUAUCACUACAUAUGGGAUUGUUCUCCCCGGCUUUCAGUUCAGUUCAGUUGCAACUAGUUCAUUUGCAAUCAGUUCAAGUCAGCUCCAAUUAUCAUUUCUAUUACUUAUAAUUUAAAUCAAUUCAGUUUAAUUCAAUUCCCUUCAGUUACAAUUAGUUCAGUUUAAUUCGCUUUAGUUACAAUCAAUUUAGUGUCGAAGAGAAUAGUUACUUAACAUCAGCAGGACAUUUUAAAACUUGCUGUUGUAUUACUCCACUGUGCACAUGUGGGCCUGUGGCCGAUCACGGAUGCCAUAGUUCAGCUUUCGCGCCAUUUUUUCAACUGAUCGAUUUAACGAACCUCCUGUUCUUCCACAAUUUUCGAUCCUUUCCUCUAUCACUGGUUCGAUUUUGCAUCAAUCUCAAAACCCCGACACCAAAUUGUAAGAAAUCUAUUUAAUUUACGCCUUCUAUUUCUUCUCUUUUUUGAAUAAUUUCAUUUCAUUAGUUUGUUACCUGAAAAUUAGGGUUUCUGGAACUUUUGAAUGAUCAACUUUAAAAUAAUAAUGUGAGAUUAGCUUUUACGAUGCUCAAAUCAAUUGAAGGAAAUUUCUGAAUCAAAUUGCUCGUUAAUUGUAUUGCAUUUCUGUGUGUUGGUUAAAUUUUCGUUUCGUUUGUAUUUUCAGUUUUGCGAAAUUUCUUUUGUUGGCGUCUUAACAAAUUUCUGGUUAAUGCUGUACAUUUUGUUCUAGUUCAUAUCUACUUUUUGGGUGUUAGCCUAAAAAAUUAAUUGUCAAGUAUACUAUUUUGUAAUGUCGGGGAAAUAAUCAAGGAAUCAAUUAUUAUUAGAUUUCUUAGCAGACACCUGUUUAAAUGGAGUGCUGGAGAGAGGACGGAGAGGAGCAUUCUUACCUAAUUUUGUUAACCCUGAUGAAUUGCUAUCUGGAAAAGGCGGAUCGGUAGAUGCAAGUGGUGUAGCUUUUGGCCAAUUUAGCAGAAGUGAUUAGCGAAUUGUGUUCCUGUACCAAUCCUCGUAUUGUGAAUCAGGUAGCACCAGAGAGGAGACAACCACUGUAGGGUAUUUUAGUGAAAGCAUGGUACCUUUAAGUAUUAGAGUUUUGAUUAUUGUAGGUAUUAUUUCAGAUGUACAGUGUAUAUGACACGACACGAGUGCUUAAGGUUGGACAAAAAGUAGUAAUAUUGUGGGUGCCUGGGUGGUGACAUUGUGGGUGGUGGUAAAAGCUAUUUGUUCUGUUUAAUUGGCAUUGAAGAAAAGGGGAAAUAUUCUCAUGUAUACUUACUGAGAAUUAACUAUACCUUGCUUUUAAGUGGAGCAACAGGACAAUAACUACCUUUGCUUAUUUCACCUUGAAGUGAAGCUUAUUGGACCAUGUAAUGAGUAUGGAAAAGGCAUCAAUUAUAUUACUACCCAAGUAAGAAACACAAACAUACUUUGUCCACUGAUCUAUUGUCAAUAGGACCAAAGGUUGGGUGUGUUAUAUAAGCCUUCAAUGUUUCUCUCUGCUUGCUACUUAGAUUUUUCUCAUUUCUUUUGGUCUUCCAACUUCCUUAUGCUAACAAAUAUGUUUGAUUUAUUAUAUAUGUCAAUGUUGGUCUUAACUAGAUUUGUUAAACUAAAUGUAAAUUGUCAACCUGGUGCUUCUCAUAGGACUUUCUUGCCCUAACCAGAUAAUGUUAUAUAGCUUUACAUUGCCUACCUUGUUUAAUACUCUUGAUUUCCUCUCCAAUUUUGUUGGCUACUUGUUGUGUCUAUUAUACGUGUUAGUUUUCUUAUAUGCAUUGGCUAUUGCUCCUAGGAAUUUGAAACCAUUUUUAGUUUGUCUUUUCUUUUUUUAGGUGGAAGGUGUUAAUUAGAUCUUUUUUGAGUUGAGAACAUAACUAACUGAAUCAAGAAUUUUCUUUCAUGCUUGAGUCAUGAAAAUCGAGAUUUUAAAAGUCAAAGGCUCCUCAUAUCUUUUGGACAUCAUCUGUGGAAUGCAAAUGAUAUGAAAUGCAUGAUGUUUCCCCAAUAUAUGAUCCUGAUGAGAAUUACAUAUAAUAACUAAUUGAGAUUCCCAUUUCACUUUGAUUGUGCUUUUAUAUAUUUUGACUUUUUAUCAACUGUCCUAAUAAUUUAUUGUCAGCGUGUAUUUGACGCAGAAUCCUUCAGAAGCCAUUUAUGUAUUGGGCAUUUGUAACUAUUCGUUUUUUGUGUAAUACGUCAACUAAGAUAUCCGAUGAGACAUGGCGGUAUAACCAAGAUUAACAGCACACUGAAAAACAUAUACCGCUUGAACUUGUAGUUUUGAUUGUUGUGUGGUAUUUCAAAAGCCACUGAUUGGCUGAUUGCAGAAGUCAUUAUUUUGGUUGUUGUAUUAUAUUUUAAAAGCCACUGAUAGUUUAGAACUCUAACAAAAUGGUAAAGUAUUUUAUGUGAAUAACCUUAGUUGAUGGAUGCAUAUUUCUGCUUGCUUUGAAAUGCCAUAUAUUUUAUGGAAUAUGACAGUUUACUGCUUGACGUAUCUAUUUUCUGAAUAGAUUCUAGGCAUUUUGGCUAGAUAGUUAUUUGAGUGUAUUGCUAUUUCCUAUGUGUAUACAAUCUCUUUACCCUUCACUAGAGAUAACUCAAAUUUCUAUUUUGAGAGGGUGGAUAAUUCAAAUCUUGUAGCCUUGUGCUAUGCCUAGACUUUUUAUUGGUUUAGAAGAAUUUUUGAUGUUUGCAAAUUUGAAACUCUUCAUUUGGGUUAAGAUGAAUGAAUCCUUUUGUGGCAAGAUCUUGUAUAAAAGGAUAUCACAAUAACUUACCAUUUAGGGUAUAAUGGUUUGUUGUUGACUAAAUGAUCUUUUGGGUUAGCUUUUAUUGUCCUACUUAAGACUUACUUUCCUUCCUUAUAUGUUGUAAGGUAGUAUGUUGGUCAAACCUUAUCAAUCGAAGAUGUAACAAAUAGAACAUCUUCAGCUUUCGUAAAUAAGUUAUGAACCGUAUCUUGCCUUAGCUAUAGCCUUUUCAGUAACAUUGGAUAAUGGCGUCUAUAAUAACAUGUGAAUUACUCUGAAAUAAAGUACUGCUAAUGUUCAUUCAUGAAGUUAUAUAAGAAAAGGUGGGCUUUGCAGAAAAAAAGGAAAAAAGACUUCUUACGUAAAUACCCUAGUAUGAGUGCAAUCCAAUUUAGACCUAACAUGAGUAUCUUCCGUUUUCAAACUACUUUGGAGGUCCUCUUGAAAAUGCUUUAUCUUGUAUGCAUGGACAGUUGAUUGACAAGCUUUUACUUCCUCUUUCUAAUGUUCUGUUUAACAUCCAGAUUCAAUUUCUGUUACAUGUAUAACAGGUUAGAAAGCUAGGCGGGGAGCAAAAUAGUUGUGUGAAUUCAUUCAAUAGUAUGGUUAUUGUGAUAAUUUAACUUCAAAACACAGUUUCAUGAUAUUUUACAAAAAAAAGUAGUUGGGAAGUGGAGAAGUGGAAAUUAUGAAUUGAGCAAUAUUUGCCUUUCUUCUUUGUUUAAUCUAGUACUUCUAAUUACCCUUUAUAAUAUGUUUAGUUCAGUGAGAUGGUGGUCACUUGGUCCAAAAGGAAGAUGAUGGAGAAGCUUUUUUGUGAUCUCUAGUAUAAAGCUGGAUCUUUAUGUGUCUACAUUUUCUCUGUUUGUUCUCCUGUUUUAAGAUUGUGCUUUCUCUUACGUAACUGACUACUCUAAUCUGGUACUGGCAGCUAGUUGGAAAUCUUGGCUUUGCUAUGUUGGGUAAUAUGAUGGUUGACAGGACUCUUAAUGGUCUUUGGUCAAGAAUCAAAUAGGAAUCGAGUGUAUUAGACGCUAAGGCCCCUGUUGCACUUCACUGGAGCAUACAGGAAAUUUUUUGGAAUCUGCUGAGCUAAUUUUCACGGCCAAUAAAUUGACAAACAGGUUAUGUCAGUCUGAUAUUAUCUUUUUGAUUUUUUGUUUAAAACUCUUCCUGGCAGAGUUUAAAGGCAGAAUGCUAUGCGACCUCACAGUGCUUCCAUUAUCUGUUGCUUUUAUGCUCCAUACCAUAUCAUUCAUCUCACAUAUCAUUCUUAUUGUGGCCCCCAACAUCCCUACUUCAGAACAUUCUCACCUCUUUCCUUCCUUUUCUUAUAGGUUUCACUGUUUUUGUUCCUUUUUUCUCCCUCCCUAUCCUCAAAUCCUACUAUAUAAACACCAUUUGGCGCCUCAAUAUGAUAUAAACAAACACUCAAGCCUCAGCCUCACCUAAGAGCACUAGAAACACACUACUCUUACGUACACCCGCUACAAAACCAUCCUUUUGCACUGAUGGAGCGUAACCAGUUGCAUCGACAAGUUACUCAAAUGAGGCAAUCUUUCUUUGAUCAGGGAUUUUUGGAUGACCAAUUUAUUCAGCUAGAAGAAUUACAGGAUGACACUAACCCAAAUUUUGUAGAGGAAGUUGCAACUCUUUUUUACAGAGAUUCAGGAAGGUUUCUAGCCAGUUUAGAGCAAGCAAUGGAAAAAAGCCCGUUAGACUUUGUUAAGUUGGACAACUACAUGCAACAGUUCAAAGGAAGUUGCUCAAGCAUCGGAGCUAAGAGGGUGAGAAAUGAAUGCAACCAAUUCAAAGAGUAUUGCAGGGCAGGAAAUAGUGAUGGCUGCAUGAGGACUUUCCAGCAAUUGAAGAGAGAGUACGCGACUCUGAAGAGAAAGCUUGAAUCCUAUUUUCAGUUGGUUAGGCAAGUUGGACCGAGGGAGAUGGCUACUCGGCGGCGUUAGAUGCUGGGUUUCCUCAGAUAAGUGGCUCAGAAAUGGGGCUGGUGAACUUUGUACCAGUUUAUGAUCUAAGAAUCUCAGUUGCUGGAGCCUUAGGCCCUGCUUCUUGAUCUUCACUUGAUGAAAUGGGAGAAUUUUGCAUGUUGUCCUGUGCUUUCAACUCCCUUAUGUAAGAGAUUAAUGUUGUAUCCGUUCUACGAUAAAUGAAAGGCAGGUUAAAUCAUAA